AUGAAAGAUAGAGUUUGCACGAAACGAUUUCCAAAGCCAUUUGUGCAGCGCACUGAAUCAGAUGCAGAUGGGUUUACAGUGUAUAGGAGAAGGGAAGAUGGCAGAACAGUUACGAAGAAGAAGACUACUCUUGAUAAUGGGUUUGUGGUCCCCUACAAUCGUAUAUUGUUGAGUAAAUACCGAGCUCACAUUAAUAUCGAGCUAUGCAACCAAAAAAAGUCAAUUAAAUACCUGUUCAAAUACGUAAACAAGGGGCAUGACCGAGUCACAGCGGCAUUUUAUGAGACACGCAAUACAGAUGGCGGUGCUGAGAUUCGUGAUGAGAUAAAGAUGUACUACGACUGCAGAUAUCUUUCGGCGUGUGAGGCAAUGUGGAGGUUGUUUAACUUUGAUAUUCAUUACAGAGACCCGUCCGUAAUUAGGCUAAGCUUUCAUCUCCCCGAUCAUCAGCCAAUUGUCUUCAAUGAAAACCAGUCGUUACAAAGUGUGUUGGAUAGGCCAUCUGUCAAGCAAACUAUGUUCCUGGCGUGGUUUGAGGCCAACAAGAACUAUCCACAUGCAAGGGACUUGAGGUACGGAGAUUUUCCACAACAAUUUGUGUAUAAAGAGGAUUCUCGAACUUGGGCACCAAAGAAAAAAGGAUUUUCUAUCGGUAGGAUUGCGAAUGUUCCCCCUGGAAAGGGGGAAGACUAUUACCUUAGGUUGCUACUUAACAUUCAAAGGGGAUGCACGUGCUACGAGGACAUCAGAAAAGUUUUUGACAUCCUCUACCCUACGUUCAGGGAUGCAUGUUAUGUGUUGGGUUUGCUAGAUGACGACAAAGAAUACAUAGAUGCAAUAAAAGAAGUGAAUACUUGGGCAUCGGGGGAUUAUAUAAGAAGGUUAUUUGCGGUUAUGCUGCUUUCCAAUAGCUUAAGUCGGCCCGAACAUGUUUGGCAAAGUUGUUGGUUGGAUUUGGCUGAGGGUAUUGCUUACAAACAACAACGUCUUCAUAAAAAUCCAGAUUUACAUAUAUCGGAUGAAAGCUUGAAGAACUAUACUCUCACCGAAAUAGAAAAAAUAUUGCAAAGCAAUGGUAAAAGCCUGCAAAAUUACGCGCCUAUGCCAGUUCCAAUCGAAUACUCAUAUGAGGACACAAAAAACAUAUUGGUGUUAGAUGAACUGGAUUACGACCGGUUUGAAAUGGGUAGAGAACUUCAACAGUGUCUUGCUUCCAUUACAGAUGAGCAAAGAAAGGUUUAUGAUGUAGUCAUGGAUGCAGUAACCAAUGACAGUGGUGGAAUGUUCUUUCUAUAUGGCCAUGGUGGAACGGGAAAGACUUUUCUAUGGAAAACUCUUUCGGCUGCAGUUCGUUCGAAGGGAGAGAUUGUAAUUAACGUUGCAUCGAGUGGUAUAGCAUCGUUAUUGUUCCCCGGUGGAAGAACAGCUCAUUCUCGAUUCGGACUACCCAUAAAUGUACAUGAGAGUUCCACCUGCAGUAUAUCGCAACAAAGUCCACAGGCAGAGUUGCUCAUAAGGGCAAAACUUAUUAUAUGGGACGAGGCUCCUAUGAUGCAUAGAUACUGUUUUGAAGCCCUUGACAAGACAAUUAAGUCAAUAUUACAGGCUGACAAACCCUUUGGUGGUAAGGUGGUUGUUCUUGGAGGUGAUUUUAGGCAGAUUUUACCAGUUGUGCUCAAAGCAUCAAGGCAGGACAUAGUACAUGCUAUGAUAAACUCCUCUCCGCUGUGGAAUUUCUGUCGUGUCAUGAAGUUGACUAAGAACAUGAGAUUGCAGUCAUGCUCUUCUCCAUCUAAUGUUGAUGAGAUAAAAGAAUUUGGAGACUGGAUACUGAAUGUUGGUAAUGGGGAUGUUGGGGAAGACAAUGAUGGUGAAGCUUCGAUAGAGAUUCCAGAUGACAUGUUGAUUGGUGAUUCAGAAGAUCCAUUCACAGACUUACUCAAAUUCGUUUACCCGGAUUUGUUGAGUAACAUGUACGAUCGAGAUUAUUUUCAAGGGAGGGCAAUUCUUGCACCAACUAAUGAAUGCGUCGAGUCUGUGAACGAUCACUUAAUGUAUCUCCUUCCAGGAGAGGAGAAGGUGUACCUGAGCUCAGAUAGUAUGUGUAGGGACGAGCACACAACGGAGGAUAAUGCAGAAAUUUAUUCGACUGAAUUCCUCAACACAAUAAGAUGCUCCGGAGUUCCUUCUCAUGCGUUGAGGAUCAAGGUUGGUGCACCCGUUAUGCUAAUAAGAAACAUCGAUCAAGCUAGAGGAUUGUGCAACGGUACCAGACUUCAAAUUAUUAGAACUGGCAUUCACGUUCUGAGUUGCAAAAUUCUUUCCGGAAAAAAUAUCGGUGACAUGGUGUUCAUUCCUCGGAUGACUUUAAUACCAUCUAACUCCGGACUGCCAAUUAAAUUUCAGAGAAGACAAUUUCCGUUGAUUGUUUCUUUUGCAAUGACGAUCAAUAAAAGCCAAGGCCAAACUCUUUCGCAUGUUGGUUUGUAUCUUCCUAGGCCUGUCUUCAGCCAUGGUCAACUAUAUGUUGCAGUGUCCAGAGUUAAGAGCAGAGGUGGCAUUAAGAUAUUCAUCAAGUCGGAUUCGGGUGAACUCACCAAUGUUACUAGAAAUGUCGUGUACAAGGAAGUAUUUCAUCGAAUUUGA